AUGGACAGUUCAACGCCCAUGGAAGUUGAUGCGCCCAAGAACAAGCGGUGCCGCUCGCCCGAUAAGGGCGAUGCCGCCAGGAAGAAGCCGGCCGUGGAGCAGACGGUCAGAACUGCGCCGAUUACUCUGUCAACUGAGAUGAUGCUUGACAAGAGCGCGGACCGCCCUGUCACGCCCAGCGGAGGCCGCCCGAGAUCGAACGCGGUUUGGACGCCUACCAACCAGCUCCACGCGAGCAGUCCUGAUUGCAAAGUUAUAAUGGCUGGAUUAUGA